AGCAGCCUUGGGCCUCUCCCAUGGCUUAUCCUCCAAACAUGAAGGCCUUUGGCUGCUUCCUCUUCCUCUUCCUCUUCUCCUCCCUCCUCAUCCUUUCUUCUUCCACCUUCGCCGCCAACCCUGCCGAAUUCGAAUACAAAAUUGAACUCCACAAAACAUUCGCCAACACAAGGCUCAAGCGAGCUUACAAAGCCCUCCAGUCAUGGAAAAACGCUAUCUAUUCUGAUCCCUCCAACAUCACUAGCAAUUGGGUUGGCGCUGAUGUUUGUUCCUACAAUGGUGUUUUUUGUUCUUCGGCAUUGGAUGAUCCGACAGUAAGCGUCGUUGCUGGUGUUGAUCUAAACCAUGGCGAUGUCGCCGGACACCUCCCCUCCGAUCUAGGGCUUUUGACUGAUCUCGCUUUGUUUCAUAUUAAUUCAAAUAGGUUCUGUGGAAUCAUCCCUGAGAGUUUCAAGGAUCUCCGACUCAUGAGUGAAUUUGAUGUAAGCAACAAUCGAUUUGUUGGCACCUUUCCAAAAGUUGUUUUAGAAAUGCCGAAGCUCAAUUACCUUGAUCUCCGGUUCAAUGAUUUUGAAGGGCCAUUGCCACCAGAGCUCUUUGAGAAAGAACUCGAUGCUUUGUUGUUGAACAAUAAUCGAUUCACCUCCAACAUCCCUGAAACCCUAGGCAAGUCAUCGGUUUCCGUGGCAGUUUUUGCCAACAACAAAUUUACUGGUUGCAUUCCUAAGAGCAUUGGAAACAUGACUAAUUUGGACGAAAUUACUUUUUCAAACAACAAGAUGAGCGGUUGUAUGCCAGAGGAAAUAGGGUUGUUAGGAAAGGCAACCAUUUUGGAUUUAAGUGUCAACGAGUUUGUUGGCGUGUUGCCAGUGGGGUUGGGAGGGUUGAAGAGCCUCGAGGCCUUGGAUUUUGCCAACAAUCAGUUUACAGGUAGUGUUCCUGAUAGCCUUUGUAGCUUGACAAACUUGAAAAAUUUCACAUUUGCCGAUAACUACUUCAAGAGAAUAGGCAAAGCAUGCUAUGCUGCUCCAAAGCGCGGUGUAACAUUGGAAGAUGAGGGGAAUUGUUUGGAGGAUAGACCGAAACAGAAAUCUAAGGCUAUUUGUUUGCCAGUUGUGAGUCGACCGGUUGAUUGCAGUGACAAGUGUAGGGCUAAUAGUGAGGACCCUAGUCCUGUUACCCCAAAAAACCCAACACCAAACCCUCCAUCUAGUCCCACCCCAACCACCCCGAAACCACAACAUCCAUCGAAAUCCACUCCAUCUCCACCAGUUAAUAACCCAUCACCACCAGUGCCAACACUAACUCUAACACCAACAGUACCAUCGCCACCGGUUACUAAACCACAACCACCACCAACACCAAAACCAACAGUAACAUCGCCACCAAUUACUAACACAAAAUCCCAACCUCCGCCAACACCAACACCAUCACAUCAUACCCCAUCAAGCCCUACACUAAAAAAUUCACCGACCCCAAAAUCCAACGCGCCACCAACACCUGAGUUACCAAGUCCCACAUCAGAAUCGCCUAAAGCUUCCACUAUUCCACCUCCUACUAUCAAGCCACCUACCACAAAUCCAUCAAGCCCUCCACCCAAACCAUUGACUCCACAAAUACCAAAGACUUCCUCUCCACCUUCCAUUUCCAGGAUACCAACACCCUUACCAAAGUCGUCUCCGGUUCCAACUCCAGUUCCAGUUGUGACACCGAUUUCAACCCAUUCAAAACCUUUCGUGCCAUCUCCAGUGCCAGUGACAACUCCCGAUGAACCAUCUCACCCUACUUCUCCAUCACAACCACCAUCCUCAGGAACUUCAAUUAAGCCGUCACCACCACCGAUUUUCUCACAUGCACCAUCCUUUGAGCCGGUGAAAUCAACUCCACCACCUAGAGCGUCCUCCGUAUCACCCCCACCAAAGUCAGUUCAAUCCCCACCACCACCAAUUUUCUCACCUGUACAAUCUCAUGAACCAGUGAAAUCAACUCCGCCAACUAAACCAUCCUCCCCAUCACCUCCACCACAGUUGGUUCAAUCCCCACUACCACCAAUUUUCUCGCCUGCACAAUCUCCCGAGCCAGUGAAAUCAACUCCACCAACUAAACCGUCCUUUUCAUCACCCCCAUCACUAGUUCAAUCCCCACCCCCACCAAUUUACUCACCUCCACCACCUGUAUUCUCACCACCCCCUCUAGUCCACUCUCCUCCGCCACCAAUUCAUUCCCCACCCCCACCAGUUCAUUCUCCACCACCACCACCUGUCUUCUCUCCUCCCCCACCAGUUCAUUCCCCCCCCCCACCUGUAAAUUCAAAGAACUUUUUUGAUCAAAUAAAAAUUCAUUCUCCACCACCGCCUGUCUUCUCUCCUCCCCCACCAGUUCAUUCCCCACCCCCCCCUGUAUUCUCUCCUCCACCACCAGUGCAUUCCCCACCACCUCCAGUUUUGUCAUCCCCACCACCAGCACCUGUUUACUCCCCACCACCAUUACCCGUCUUCUCUCCACCACCACCUGUCCAAUCACCCCCACCCCCACCACCAUCCCUAUCUCCUCCUCCUCCUACUCCUGUCGUACCUCCACCAACACCAAUCUUCGAAGACGUCAUCCUCCCACCAAUCUUAGGCGCAGAGUACUCAUCACCCCCACCACCAAUAUUCCCUGGCUAUUAA